UAGAUACGUCUCUCUCUCUUCUUAUUCUCUCUCCUUUCUCUCGAUUGACAUCUCACACAAACGCACGAGCACCACCACCGACCACCACCAGCCACUGCCCCUCCGAUGAUGUUAGUUACACGAGCACCAAUCGAUUGAUUCCGAGCCACAGUGAUGUUAGUUACCCGAGCACCGAUCGAUUGAUUCGGAGCUUGGCGUUAUUCUAAUUCCGAGCUUGGAGUUCGAUUCUGAUUCUGAGCCCCUUCCACGGAUUUGAUUUUCUUGUUUCAUUUCAACUUUAUGAUCUCAAGCCGCAAAGAUUCAUAGAGAGACAGGGGCUUAUGAGAGAUUACAUGUAAGAAAAUUUGAAAGCAAGGUGCUGGACUUAGAACAACAACUCGAUGAGAUAAGAGCCAUGCUUAUCAAAGAAAGAAGGCAAAAAGAUGGUACCUAUCCCUCCCAAAGAAGCUCCGAUCUACUCCAAUCUACUCCUCAUGACAACCUUCCAACUUCGGUGAAUGAAGUUGGUUCUAUUACUGAAAGCAUUGAAGCUAUGAAAAUAUCUAAGCGUGUUGGUUCUUCAAUUGCAAACGUUCCAAUUUGUUUAGAUACGGCUCUUCAUGUAAAAGGAGGGAUUCGGCAAGCCCCAUUUGCACUUGAGCGGAUGAGAAAAGAAGGGUUCGUUUCGAAUGGGUAUUCAUACAAUGGGCUGAUCCAUUUGCUUCUUCAGUCCAAAUGUUGUAAACAGGCUCUGGAGGUUUAUAGAAGAGUCGUUUCAGAAGGGAUUAAGCCUAGUCUCAAGACCUACUCCGCGCUUAUGGUAGCAUCUGGGAAGAGAAGGGAUAUUGAAACUGUCAUGGGCUUACUUGAAGAGAUGGAGAGUUUGGGGUUGAGGCUGAAUGUGUAUAAUUUCACCAUAUGCAUUAGGGUUCUUGGGAGGGCAGGAAAAAUUGAUGAGGCUUAUGGUCAUCUGAAGAGAAUGGAUGACGAGGGCUGUGGACCUGAUGUAAUUACUUAUACAGUUCUCAUCGAUGCUCUUUGUCAUGCUGGGAAACUUGACAAGGCAAAAGAAGUGUUUCUAAAGAUGAAAUCCAGCAGCCAUAAACCUGAUCGAGUAACUUACAUCACCUUGUUGGAUAAGUUCAGUGACCGUGGAGAUUUGGACACUGUAAGAGAAUUUUGGAGCGAGAUGGAAGCAAAUGGUUAUGUUCCAGAUGUUGUUACUUUCACAAUACUUGUUGAUGCUUUAUGCAAAGCAGGGAAGCUUGAUGAAGCGUUUGGUACCCUUGAUAACAUGAGAAAGAUAGGGAUCUUGCCAAAUCUACAUACUUAUAAUACAUUAAUAGGUGGACUUUUGAGAGUUGAUGGAUUGAAUGAAGCGUUAGAACUUUUUGAUGGUAUGGAAUCAUUUGGCAUGAAACCUACUGCUUACACGUAUAUCCUUUUCAUUGACUACUACGGCAAGUCAGGUGAACCUGACAAAGCUAUUGAAACUUUUGAGAAGAUGAAACUCUGUGGAAUUGUUCCUAAUAUUGUUGCUUGUAAUGCAUCUUUGUAUAGUCUAGCGGAAAUGGGUAGACUUGGGGAGGCAAAAGGUAUAUUCUAUGGACUUAAAAAGAGUGGACUAGCUCCAGAUUCCAAUUAUUCUCUGAGAUGA